GCCCACUACUUCAAACGAAACUGAACAUCUCACCAGAAGUGCUACGCUGAUCUGCUCUCUAGGCGGCUCGCUCGUUACUCGUUCGUCUUACCGCCUCCCAACAAACAGCGAGCGGCGCGACCUAAGCCGCUCUGCGCCCACCGGCCAGCCGGGGCGGAGAGGGACCGACCGCUCCUCCGUUCGAAGUGCCGGUCCUGAGUCACCGGCGUCGCCCGCAUCCGCUGCUCAGCUCGCCCGCCAGCCUGGGUUCGCUUCGUUUCCCUCCACUCCUCCCUUGCCCUCGCCUCUUACUGAUUCCUUCGUUUCCUUCGUCUGUCCUCCUCCACCCCGCUCCAGGCCUGCCGUAGCCGAAUACCGGUGGCGGUCUCCUCCUGCGAGAGUGCGGCGGGCGCACACACUAGGCUAGGCAUACAUGUACUGCUCGACUUAAGCGGCAGUGCUCUCACUGUAUCUGUAUGCACGCUCUGAAAUUCGGCCCUGAACUAUGGUCUAUGGCAAAACCAUGGACCUGUAGCUCCGCGUAUUUACUCGUGGCGUUUCUUUAGUCUGAGUUGAGAAACCAGUGUCAAGAAGAUGUACCCAAUCAGCUGCCACUCAAAGUCGACGCUCCUGCGCAUCUUCAGCCAAUAUACCUGGCGAUCGGCAUCCUCUUUUACUCCAGAAAAAUAAAGAUCUUCUCGCAAAAGAAAAAAAGGAAAAAAAAGAGAAAAUGUCAAUGCACUGCAAUGGUUGAUUCUGAAACUUGGAUCAGAUAGACACUGAUACUCAUUCUACUCAUCAAAUAAGCGUUGUCAGAUCACGGUGCUACACACACUGGUUCAGUGAAUCUGCAGGUGCUGCUCAUAUGGAAACAUACACUACUGAUGACGCUCUUACGCUCAUGGGGUUUGGAAAGUUCCAAGCACUUGUCCUUGCAUAUGCAGGAAUGGGCUGGGUUGCAGAAGCCAUGGAGGUCAUGCUAUUGUCAUUCCUUGGACCAGUGGUGCGGGAAGAGUGGAAUGUCUCUCCCCAAGACGAGAGUCUGCUAUCCAGUGUUGUGUUUGCUGGCAUGCUAAUCGGAGCUUGUGCUUGGGGCUUUAUUUCCGACAGAUACGGAAGAAAGACUGUUUUAUUGCUUUCGACUCUGCUUACUAGUGGAUUGGGUCUUCUAAGUGCUCUAUCUAUUAACUACUUGUGCUUGCUGGUUCUUCGGUUUUUUGUCGGCAUAGGAGUGGGCAGUGGGCAUGUAUUUUCAUCUUGGUUCUUGGAGUUCGUUCCUGCAGGAAAUCGUGGCACUUGGAUGGUUAUUUUUUCCUUUUUUUGGACUAUUGGCACAGUCUUGGAGGCUUCACUUGCAUGGGCUGUACUAUCAGCAUUGAGUUGGAGGUGGUUGCUGGCAUUGUCUUCCCUUCCAUGCUUCCUCUUGCUUCUUUUCUUCAGAAUCACACCUGAGUCACCACGCUAUCUUUGCGCACAAAAUAGAAUGACUGAUGCAAGGUUUGUCCUGGAGAGAAUGGCCAUUGCAAACCAAGCAGCUCUUCCUAUGGGAGUUCUCACAUACCACCAAGAAACAAAAACUGAAUGCAUUACUCAUGUUUCUGAGGAUGAACAUCUUAUUCCAGUCAGAGAGAAGGAACAUACAGAUAGGAAUGCUAUUAGUUCCAAAUCUGGUGCUGUUGCUGUAUUGCACAAGCUAUUAUCACAUAACUUGCUCAAAUCAACUCUACUUCUUUGGUUUGUUUACUAUGCCAGUUCCUUCGCUUAUUAUGGGAUAACAUUGCUGACAUCACAACUAAGUGAUGUGAAUAGAAGCUGUAAAUCUGAUCUGGUCUUUGAAGUGCACCAAAAUAAUGGCAAUCUUUAUAAAGAUACUUUUAUCACUAGUUUAGCAGAGAUCCCAGGCUUGAUUUUAUCCGCUUUGCUUGUUGAUCGGUUUGGCCGGAAAGCUACUAUGUCGUGCCUGAUGUUUGCAUGUUGUGCUUUCCUUGGGCCACUCGUACUUCAUCAGAAUGAGUUGCUGACAACUACUCUUUUAUUCGGAGCUCGUGCUUGUGGCACCGGUGCCACUACAACUUUAUGUCUAUAUGCCCCCGAGGUGUAUCCGACAUAUGUUCGCUCAACAGGGGUCGGGAUCGCAACCGCCAUCGGUAAGAUCGGCGGGGUUAUUUGCCCCCUCGUCGCCGUGGGCAUGCUGCGGAGCUGCCAUCAGAUGGAAGCGGUGCUGGUGUUUGAGCUGGUGCUGUUCCUCGCUGGGGUCUCCUGCAUCCUCUUCCCUGUGGAGACCAAGGGCCGAGAAAUGGACUGAGCACGCACGGUGGUGGUAGCUCAGCACAUUUGGGCAUCCAGAUGGGCUUGUGGUUCAUCUUGAUUCUGUAUAAACACAACUCUACUACAUCCGCGACAAGCUUAGCGGAUAUGCAAAGGGGUGUAAACAGGAGCUAUAGUAAUUACGAGAAAGAACUGGCAAUGAGCAAUAUUUGUAACAGGAUUAUUGUUAUAGAACUUCCUCAUCAUCAGUCAGGAGGUAAAUAAAUAUGUGAAGUUAAAUAGUAA